AUGUCGGAAGCGUGGCCACCACAGCUGAAAGAAUGGGUCGCAAAAUGCCUUGGCCAAAUGACAGAUUUGAACAGGCAGGAGGCGCAAGCUGAACUACGACAGGUUAUCGCGGAUUCAUUUGCCUCUCAGACCCUUUGGUCGACGGACUGGGCUGGCAUCCAACUCAAAGCUCUUCAACCUCAACCUAGCUUACAACUCAGCACGACUCUCAAACGCAAAGGUCACGACAACUCGCCCAGUUCCAAAAAGGCGAAGAAGGCAGCAAAAACCACCCACCCUACGUCCUCCACCUUUGAUCCAAAUGACCGUGCUGCACUCGAUAGACGCGCUCGACGUUUUCAGCGUGAACACAACAUUGAACGAGAGAAGACACAGGGUGGUCAUACCGCACUACGAACGAGCCUUUCUGCUUCACAUCUCUUCAACAACCUCAACUCACGCAGUUCCCUACCACUUGAUCACUCAGAAGACUCAGAAACUAACGCUGUCGACUGGGAGAAGUCUGCAAUCGUCGGAACUUCCAAAGAGAUCUUCAGGGAGUACCUCAGGCUCACAUCGGAACCGAAUCCCGAGCAAAUCCGGCCAUUCCACAUAUUAGAACAGACCUUGCUGGAACUCAAAAAGCGAUUUCGAGAGAAGACUCCAUAUAGCUGGAUAUGCAGUCAAUUCAAGAGUCUUCGACAAGAUCUCACCGUGCAACGCAUCAAGAAUGGAUUCACUGUCAAGGUCUAUGAAAUCCACGCGCGAAUAUCAUUAGAAUGCGGCGAUAUGGUCGAGUACAAUCAAUGUCAGGCAACGUUAAAAACACUUUACGAGCUCGGAAUUCCCGGCCAAGUUGAGGAGUUCACUGCUUACCGCAUUCUCAUGCUCUUGCACGGACGCAACAGAACAGAGUUGAAUCUAUAUGUAGGUCAGCUAACACCAAAACUCAAAUCAGAUCUUGCGGUCCAGCAUGCGCUGCGAGUCCAACGGGCUUUGGCGAUUGGAAAUUACCACGCGCUCUUCGAGCUGUACUCUGACUCGCCGAAUAUGGGCGCAUAUAUCAUGGACCAUUUCGUCGCGCGCGAGAGAGCGAGGGCGGUCAUGGUGAUUGUAAAAGCGUACCGCACGAUACCACUCAGUUUCAUCCAUCAAGAACUUGCUUUCGAAACCAUAGAACAAGCUCGCGAAUUUCUAGAGGACCACUCAGCCGCGCACUUCACCAACCCUAAUAGCCCGGAUUCCGACAAGACGCUUGACUGCAAACUUGCAGGGGCCCUACUCGCACAGACCUUUGAGGAGAAAUAUCGCAAGGUGUUGAUCAAGGGUGCUAUCUAG